GUCCCGACAGGCGGAGCACACCGAGCGGCGCUUCCCAUUAGUCCACGCGCGCGAACGGCAUCCCCGGGAGGAAAAAAGAACCCGGAUGUAGGAGCCAGUUAGGAAAGUAGGGGCCGAGUUGAAACAUCCCAGGCUCUCAAAAGAGAGGCCUCCCGAAGUGCUCCACCCGCCUCCCCGGCGCCAAGCGGCGUCUACACCCGCGGGAACCCACCACCUGAGCCGUCGCUCCCGCCGACAGCGCCCGCCAAGCUACGUUGCACAGACACACAGCUUUCUAUCGUCCCUGGCUCCGGCUUCUCCCUUCCACGAGCUAAUCACGGCGCGCAAACCCGACCUCAAUAUGCAGGCCUGAAUAUCUCUUAUCCAGUUCUUAAAACUGAAAAAUCUCCAUCCUUGAGAGAUUGGGAGGAUCCUCUUUCUCAUUCUUCCUGAAGACCCUAAAUGACGUCUCCCUGCUCCUUCCCCCUAAAACCUACAGUCCCCCCAGUAAUUCAUGAGACUCAAGAUACCACCAUUCCACCUCCUUUAUCCCCAGAUCCCCCGGACUUAGCUUUACCAUCCCCUCCUUGUAGUCUCCAGGCUUCUGUUCCAUCCUCACCCCCACCUCUUCCACCUCCCCCACCCCCUCCUCUCCCUCUACCCUCUACUGUGGAGGCUGUUCUCCCAAAUGUCUACGGCCUGAAGAACAGCCAGCUCCUGAAGGAGGCCUUGGAGAAGGCUGGACCAGCUCCCAAAGGCAAAGAUGAUGUCAAGAGGCUCCUCAAGCUGCACCAGGACCGGUUUCGAAGCGACCUGCAGUGGAUCCUCUUUUGUGCUGAUGUGCCAUCACUCAUCCAGGAAGGCCCUCAGUGUGGACUGGUGGCCCUGUGGAUGGCAGGAGCUCUUCUGUCAACACCUGGCAGUGUCUCUCUGGACAGGCUAGUGCAGGUGGCCAAGGAGAGAGGCUACACAGCACAGGGAGAAAUGUUCUCUG